GAGCCUGGCGGCGGCUCCCGCCUCCCUCAGAGCCCGGCGAGCGCGGCUCGGGCAGCAGGAGGCGGGGACCCGGCGCCGUGUGAGGGGAGCCGCGCCGCGCCGCGCCGCGCCGCGCCCCAGCCCUGGCCCGUUAGCGGCCGCCGCUGCCGAGAAGCAGGAGGCGAGGGGCUCGCCCACCCCCCGAGCUGAGCUGAGCUGAGGUCAGUGAUUCAAAUCCAGCCCAGAUCUGUAAUAAUCUGAACAAUUACCAUCAGAUGGCUGUUGAUGAUCUAUUUGGACAAGUAUCCACAUCAGUAACAGAAUAGUUGAUAUUGACAACUUCGUUGGCAAUCUCAACAGAGCGGGAGCAUGACUUCUGCAACUUCACCUAUCAUUUUAAAAUGGGACCCGAAAAGUUUGGAAAUCAGGACUCUUACAGUAGAGAGGCUCUUAGAACCCCUUGUUACACAGGGUUUAAGCACCUGAUAACAGAACACAUCAACAGAGGUGCCCUGCAUGCUUCUGUGACAACCCUUGUUAACACAAGCAACAAAGGUCCAUCUGGUAAAAAGAAAGGGCGAUCUAAGAAAGCACAUGUGUUGGCUGCUUCGGUAGAGCAAGCUACCCAAAACUUUUUGGAAAAAGGAGAACAGAUUGCUAAAGAGAGCCAUGACCUCAAGGAGGAAUUGGUUGUUGCUGUAGAGGAUGUACGCAAACAAGGUGAAACAAUGAGAAUUGCCUCUUCAGAGUUUGCUGAUGAUCCAUGUUCCUCCGUGAAACGAGGCACCAUGGUGCGGGCUGCUCGGGCCUUGUUGUCGGCUGUUACUCGCUUACUCAUCCUGGCUGAUAUGGCUGAUGUCAUGAGGCUUUUGUCCCACCUGAAAAUUGUAGAAGAAGCACUGGAAGCUGUGAAGAACGCAACAAAUGAGCAAGACCUAGCAAAUCGUUUUAAAGAAUUUGGGAAAGAGAUGGUGAAACUUAACUAUGUGGCUGCUAGAAGACAACAGGAACUGAAAGAUCCUCACUGUAGGGAUGAAAUGGCUGCUGCUCGAGGUGCUCUGAAGAAGAACGCUACUAUGCUGUACACUGCCUCUCAAGCGUUUCUCCGUCACCCUGAUGUAGCAGCCACUAGGGCUAACAGAGAUUAUGUCUUCAAACAAGUACAAGAAGCAAUAGCCGGUAUCUCUAAUGCUGCCCAGGCCACCUCACCAACCGAUGAGAACAAGGGGCACACUGGUAUCGGAGAACUUGCUGCGGCACUAAAUGAAUUUGAUAACAAGAUUAUUUUAGACCCUAUGACUUUCAGUGAGGCCAGAUUCAGACCAUCUCUUGAAGAGAGGUUGGAGAGUAUUAUCAGUGGAGCAGCACUGAUGGCAGACUCUUCAUGCACACGUGAUGACCGCCGAGAGAGAAUUGUUGCUGAGUGCAAUGCUGUACGACAGGCCCUCCAGGACCUACUUAGCGAGUAUAUGAAUAAUACUGGGAGAAAAGAAAAAGGGGACCCACUGAACAUUGCCAUUGACAAGAUGACCAAAAAAACGAGGGAUCUGCGAAGACAGCUACGGAAGGCCGUUAUGGAUCAUAUAUCUGACUCCUUCCUGGAGACCAAUGUUCCAUUACUUGUUCUUAUUGAGGCUGCAAAGAGUGGUAAUGAGAAAGAAGUGAAGGAAUACGCUCAAGUUUUCCGUGAACAUGCCAACAAGUUAGUUGAGGUUGCCAAUCUGGCCUGUUCUAUCUCCAAUAACGAAGAAGGUGUGAAGUUAGUCCGUAUGGCAGCAACCCAGAUUGAUAGUCUAUGCCCACAGGUAAUAAAUGCUGCUCUCACAUUGGCUGCCAGACCCCAGAGCAAAGUAGCUCAGGACAACAUGGACGUCUUUAAAGAUCAGUGGGAGAAACAAGUGAGAGUUCUGACGGAGGCAGUUGAUGACAUCACUUCUGUGGACGACUUCCUCUCUGUCUCAGAAAACCAUAUUCUGGAGGAUGUGAAUAAAUGUGUGAUCGCCCUCCAAGAAGGAGAUGUUGAUACACUGGACAGAACUGCAGGUGCAAUCCGUGGCCGUGCAGCCAGAGUCAUUCACAUCAUCAAUGCAGAGAUGGAAAACUAUGAAGCUGGAGUUUAUACCGAGAAGGUACUGGAAGCUACAAAAUUGCUCUCAGAAACCGUUAUGCCACGUUUUGCUGAACAAGUUGAGGUUGCCAUUGAAGCAUUGAGUGCGAAUGUCCCACAGCCAUUUGAAGAGAAUGAAUUCAUAGAUGCCUCCCGCUUGGUUUAUGAUGGAGUUCGUGACAUCAGGAAAGCUGUUCUGAUGAUAAGGACCCCUGAAGAGUUAGAGGAUGAUUCAGACUUUGAACAAGAAGAUUAUGAUGUCCGCAGCCGAACGAGUGUUCAGACUGAGGAUGACCAGCUUAUUGCUGGGCAGAGUGCAAGGGCUAUCAUGGCUCAACUGCCCCAGGAGGAGAAGGCUAAGAUUGCGGAGCAAGUAGAGAUAUUCCACCAAGAAAAGAGCAAAUUGGAUGCUGAGGUGGCCAAGUGGGAUGACAGUGGUAAUGACAUCAUUGUGUUGGCAAAGCAGAUGUGCAUGAUUAUGAUGGAAAUGACAGACUUUACUAGAGGUAAAGGGCCAUUGAAGAAUACAUCUGAUGUCAUUAAUGCUGCCAAGAAGAUUGCAGAAGCAGGCUCUAGAAUGGACAAAUUGGCACGAGCUGUAGCUGAUCAGUGCCCUGAUUCAGCCUGCAAGCAGGAUCUAUUGGCAUAUCUGCAGCGCAUUGCCCUCUAUUGCCACCAGCUCAAUAUCUGCAGCAAGGUGAAGGCAGAAGUGCAGAAUCUCGGAGGAGAACUUAUUGUAUCAGGGACUGGAGUUCAGAGCACUUUCACUACCUUUUAUGAGGUAGAAUGUGAUGUCAUAGAUGGGGGCAGGGCUAGUCAACUUUCUACCCACCUACCCACCUGUGCUGAGGGAGCUACGCUUGGGAACGGAAGCAGUGACUCCUCCACGCUGGACAGCGCUACGUCCCUCAUCCAGGCAGCUAAAAAUCUGAUGAACGCUGUGGUCCUUACGGUGAAAGCAUCAUAUGUGGCUUCUACGAAAUAUCAGAAGGUCUAUGGUACAGCUGCAGUGAACUCACCUGUUGUAUCUUGGAAGAUGAAGGCCCCUGAGAAGAAACCCUUAGUAAAGAGAGAAAAGCCAGAAGAAUAUCAGACACGAGUGAGAAGAGGUUCCCAGAAGAAACACAUUUCCCCAGUACAGGCUUUAAGUGAAUUUAAAGCUAUGGAUUCCUUCUAAAACACUAGGCUUUACCAGGAGGGUUUUAUAUUCCUUUUUGUAUGCAUACCUGCCGACUUGUAUGUGUCUGGCAUGGGGGAAGAACCAAAUGAAGCAGUGUCAAUUUGCAUGCAUCCUGAGGCUCUAUUAAAAUAAUUAACAAUCUGCAACCCACGAAUGCAGACCAUUCUAUUCUGAUGUUACAUGGAGUUAUCCCAAGCUUACUUUUUUAAACUAUAGCAUAAAAUUGGCCAACGAAUUUGCACCUCAAGUGUGGGGGUAAAUAAUAAACUGAAAAGCAAAACUUUAUGCAUGCAAGAAACAUUAAGUUGGCAGGUAUAUUUAAUUGAAAAAACCUGGAAGUGUAAUGGUAGACCAUAAAGUUCGUAUUGCUUCUGUUACAGUGCAAAAAUGUACUAGCCAAUAUGCUUAAAUGUGUGGCCCAAUAAUUAAACAAUUUAACAUUUAAGUCAUCUUCAUCAUAGUAUGUGAAUUUUGAUCAAGGAUAAAAACUAAUCCAUUUUUAAAAUGCUUCUUUUAAUCCAUAUUUUAUUCUUUAUAUUCUAGUAGUGGUUAUGACUAUGCUCAUGUUUCAAUUAAUCCCAUUAAUAUGGACAAAGUUUUACUUUUUGCCAAUUGAAUUCUUUAUGGUGAAGUAUGAAGCACAAAUAUGGUGAUUGACAUUGCCUUUUAUAUUAUUAUUAUUAUUAUAAUAUUAUUGUUAGAAAUAGAAGACUUGGUGGUGGAAUGCUUAGAGACAGAGAAAUUGAUUAUGUGAGAAUUUAGAGGCAAAUAUGUAGGUGUAGCUUGGAUUACAGGUAUCUAAUAUACCAUUGUAACCACUAAAUCUCAAUAAACUCAUUUAACCUUGGA